AUGUGUAAUUCAUUACUAACCUCGGAUUUGUUUACUAACUCUAUUGGUACGGUAGUUGAAGAAGCUGUAAAUAAGUAUCGUUAUCAAGUUGAAGAUUUGAAAUUUGAAUUAAAGAAAUACAUUGCUCCGCCAUUAGGAUUUAUUGUUCCUAUACCAGAUAGAACGGCCACCGUUGUAGAUGAUUUGGAAUGUAUGCAUGAGAAAAGAUCAGAUUUAAAAUCUCCAUUUACUAUUAUAUUUCCACGUGUUCCGAUGGCAUCAUCGGAACACGAUCAUAAUAGCUGCCACAGUAUGGCAGCUAUUAUGAUCCUUUGCAGUGAAGUUUAA